AUGAAAUAUCCCCUCGAAUAUCUCACCGACCUUGAAGGGACUGAGAUCACGCUUGACGCUGUUACCGAAGAACCGCUUCACUUCCCCGCCCAGACCUGGGUAAUUGUCGAGAAGCUGGAAGAGAAUCCAGGUCCGUUGACCCAAAAAGAGGUCACCGAUGGUAUUGGCAUCUCAGACACUUCAGCAAAGUUCCUUUGUCGCCCAGCCGGUGCCGGUAACGAAGCCAAGCUCGCUUUCAUGCGUAUCCACCAACAAGUACCUAAUACUGGAACCGAAUUUAAGAAGGCAAGCCUUCGGGCUAGGCAGGCCGUCGAGUACCCAGGGAACAAAGAACUAGUCGCCCUGAAGUCUUUUAUGAUGCUCGGAUGUGAGGUCGUCCCUAAACUACUUGGCUAUCGGCAAAGUAAGCAACAGGAAGACGAAAUGGUUCCUGGGGGCUUUGUUACCUACAUUGUAUAUGAAAAGGUUGCUGGUGAUUCCUUGGAUCUGAUCAAAUUCUGGCGUCAGCCCUUUGAUGAGAGAGAAGCCAUCCGUGACAAGUUUCGUCAGGUGUUCACGAGGUUUUUGCAAUUCGGGUUUAUGCCACUUAUGGCCACUCCAUCUAAAAUAAUCUAUGACGAAUCUUCUGGUCAGAUGCACAUCUCCGGGUUUAGGUUCGCAUAUCGUCCCGAUGAACCGCAGAAGUGGGAAGAUGGGUUCUUUUAUCGAUUUGCACUUGCCCUCCCAUACGGGCACAUCCGUGUUAUUUUGUCAGGUAUCGAAAGCAACGAAGCGGAUUGGAAGGAAGACGAGCACGGCUACAUGUGGUAG